AUGGAUCAACAGGUUUUAGAAGUGGAUUCAGGAGAAAAGCGUCUCAAUGAGCUCGGAUACAAGCAAGAAUUGAGAAGGGAAAUGACACUGUUCAAGACACUUGCAAUAACAUUUUCAUGCAUGUCAGUGUUCACUGGUACACCCCUCUACGGCCAAAGUUUGAGUUAUGCAGGUCCUGCAACUUUGAUAUGGGGUUGGGUAGUUGUCACAUUCUUCACUUGGUUUGUCGGAAUUGCCAUGGCUGAGAUUUGCUCUUCUUUUCCGACUACAGGUUCUCUCUAUUUCUGGGCUGCUCAUUUGGCUGGUCCCAAGUGGGGCCCAUUUGCUUCAUGGUGCUGUGCUUGGCUCGAAGUCAUCGGUUUGAUAUCUGCAAUAGGUGCUCAGGCAUUUUCCGGAUCGCAAACAUUGCAGAUGAUCAUUCUUAUAGCCACAGGGAACAACAAGGGUGGUGGCUAUUUUGCAUCAAAGGGUGUGUUUUUGUGCAUGUAUUUGGGUCUGAUCAUCAUUUGGGGAGUCCUAAACACCUUUGCAUUACAAGUGAUAGCAAUUCUCAACAUAAUCUCCAUAUGGUGGCAGGUACUUGGUGGUGUGGUUGUGAUUAUAAUGCUUCCUUUGGUGGCUACUUCAACACAAACAGCUUCUUAUGUCUUCACUCACUUUGAAACAUCACCCGAGGCAACUGGAAUAUCUAGUAUACCUUAUGCAGUUAUUUUAUCAGUGCUUCUGAGCAACUACUGUCUAUAUGGCUAUGAUGCUGCAGCUCAUCUUACAGAGGAGACCAAAGGUGCUGAUAGAACUGGUCCAAUAGCUAUUUUAUCUAGUAUUGGGAUUGUAUCAUUGGUUAGUUGGGCUUAUUACUUAGCUCUCACAUUCAGCAUAAGGGAUCUGGACUAUUUAUACAGUGCAGACAAUGAGACUGCUGGUGUAUCUGUGCCAGCACAGAUCAUAUAUGAUGCAUUCCAUGGAAGAUAUCAGAAUUCAACUGGAGCUGUGGUAUUUCUAUGCAUUAUAUGGGGUUCUUUUUUCUUUUGUGGGUUGUCUGUUGUCACUAGUGCUGCCCGAGUAGUUUAUGCUAUAUCAAGGGAUAAAUGUAUCCCAUUUUCACCAAUCUGGAGGAAAGUAAACCAGAGGAACAAGGUUCCAACAAAUGCUGUGUGGCUUUGUGCUACCAUUGGUAUGCUGCUUGGAUUACCUAUCUUGAAACUUGAAGCAGUAUUCACAGCCAUUGUUUCCGUUAGUACAAUCGGCUGGGUGGGAGGUUAUGCUGUACCGAUAUUUGCUAGGCUGGUGAUGGCCGAAGAGAACUUCAAACCAGGACCCUUCUACUUGGGUAGAGCAAGCAGGCCGGUUUGCUUUGUGGCCUUCAUCUGGAUAUGCUAUACCUGUUCAGUGUUCCUAUUGCCAGUCACAUACCCUCUUAAGUGGAAAAAUUUCAACUAUGCACCAGUUGCUGUUGGUGUUGCUUUGGCACUAGUAAUGUUUUGGUGGGCUGUGGAUGCAAGGAAAUGGUUCAAAGGACCUGUAAGAAACAUCGAUGAACAAAAUGGAAACAAGUAGAAACAGGAUGUUAAUUCAAUUUUUCAUAAAUGAAACACAUUCUCCACUUGUUAUAGCUUUGUAAUAUUUAGCCAUGCAUUGGAGUACUAUUCCUAACCCAACUUCAUAUUCUGUAACAAUACAGAUCAAAGCCAAAAGAAAACAUAAUAUCUGUCCCAUGGACACAAGGCAAAAAUGGUCCACAGAUGAUUGCUACUUCAGAGUGUCUCGGUUAAUGUCUUCAGAUUGUG